AUGGAGGAUGUGGGGCCAAAGCUGCCGCAGCCGCCGCAGCCGGAGCGGCUUGCCUUUGCCUGUCCGAUCUGCCAGGAGCAUGUCAUGCCGGCAUCAGCAUCGCAGGUGGCUUCCUGCAGCCACCGCUUCUGUAGCCCAUGCAUUGAGAGAUGGGCAGCCAGCUGCUCUUCAUGCCCGCUCUGCAAGCGGGAAAUGGGCGCACUUUUGCCACUGAGACAGCGAGGUCGAGAGAAAGGUUCAGCACCGCCGAAGCGACGACUUGUUCCAACUCGACAGCUGGAGGUCAGCGUGGAUGAGGCGUUGGAUGGAUUUGAAGACUGCUGUCAGGUCUGCGGUGGUAGUCAAGAUGCGGAAUCUCUGUUGCUCUGUGAUGGCUGCGACGCUGGGUACCACACUUUCUGCGUGGGACUUUCUGCGGUUCCAGCAGGAGAUUGGUAUUGCGAGAGGUGCGAGGAAGAUAGAUCUACAAGGAGGCUCGACUUGGGACGGCCUCCAGGGCGCCACUCUUUCCUUGGCUGCGGGCAGCACAGGAAGCGGUGCCAGCACGGUGGAGUCAGGCAGGCCAAGCUCGCCGUCGGCUCCGUCGCUUGCGUCCGUGCGUGGAGGCUUGAGCGCAAGCUGCUGGAACCACAGGAAGAAUCCGUUUCGGAGGAAGCCAGCGUCCGCAGCCAGGCAAACGAGAACGAGACGCUUCCACGGAUAGAAGGGGAUAACUAUUCCUUGUCAGAUGAGCCAGAGAGAGGUGACACCAGCGGUAUCGUGAAGUCCUGUCUAGAAAGCUCCCUGUCCUUGAAGCAGGCCGUGAAAGACGAGACGAUUGACCCGCUGGAGAUGAAAACCAUCAUGGCACACCUCGGGCGUUGUGCAAGCGGAGGUUCUUCCCUCAUAAAGCACCUCUUCACGGACCAGGAUUCGACUUUCACAUUCCACGGCCAGAUGCCGGGUUCGGACAAGGACAAGAAGCUGGCCAUGAGGCCCUGGGCAGAAGCUGAUGAGGCUUGCUUGCCAGCAGCCGAGCGGGCUCCUGGUGCCUCCUCACCGUGCGGGCCCGAGAUAGUCGUACACUGUCGUAGGCUCAUUCAUCUAAACACUCCAGAGUGGCAAUCUUCAAAGCAAUGCUGCGAGGAGACCAGACAACUGCGCGUCUGUAAUCACAGCCUCUGUGUAUGCCAGUCGCAAACGUGUUUUUAG